CACCACUGUUCCUCCACUCCAGCUGGGGCCUGCAGGGCACACUGUGGAGCGUGGCGGGUGGAGCCUCUAAGGUGACAGGAAAGCACACCUUUGCGAGCUUCCUAGGCUACAAAAAGGGCUGCCAACUCCAUGAUGUAGGAAGAACAAUUUUCAGAAUACAGUGAAAUUGCAGGCUAAGAACUCUUCAACAAUAAGUACAUUUAUUAAGAACCAUGGCUUUAAAAGUGCUACUAGAACAAGAGAAAACAUUUUUCACCAUUGUAGCUUUGCUAGCCUAUUUGGUCUGUAAAGUGAUUUGUGAAACAGGGGAUUGUAGACAACAAGAAUUCAAGGAUCAGUUUGGAAAUUGUGUUCUCUGCAAGCAGUGUGGACCAGGCAUGGAGUUGUCUAAGGAAUGUGGCUUUGGCUACGGGGAGGAUGCUCAGUGUGUGACUUGCCGGCUGCACAGGUUCAAAGAGGACUGGGGCUUUCAGAAAUGCAAGCCGUGCCUGGACUGUGCGGUGGUGAACCGCUUCCAGAAAGCAAACUGUUCUGUCACCAGUGAUGCUGUCUGCGGGGACUGCUUGCCAGGAUUUUAUAGGAAGACAAAACUUGUUGGUUUUCAAGACAUGGAGUGUGUACCUUGUGGAGACCCUCCUCCUCCUUAUGAACCACACUGUACCAGUAAGGUCAACCUCGUGAAGAUCCCGUCCACAGCCUCCAGCCCGAGAGACACAGCCCUGGCUGCUGUUAUCUGCAGUGCUUUGGCUACUGUCCUGCUGGCUCUGCUCAUUCUCUGCAUCAUCUAUUGUAAGAGACAAUUUAUGGAGAAGAAACCCAGCUGGUCUCUGAGAGCACAGGACAUUCAGUACAAUGGUUCUGAACUGGCCUGUUUUGACAGACCUCAGCUCAAUAACUCUGCUCCCAGAGCCUGCUGUCAGUGCCACCGGGACUUAGCCCAGACCUGUGGGCCUGUUCACUUGAUCCCAUCCUUGUGCUGUGAUGACUCCUGCAGUAUCGACCAGGUGACUCUUGGUUGCAGGGUGCAUUCCCGGGCCACACUUCAGGAGAGAAAUGCAGGUCCGGUGGGAGAGACCAUGCCGUCUUUCUUCGGGUCCCUUUCUCAGUUCAUCUGUGGCGAGUUUUCGGAUGCCUGGCCUCUGAUGCAAAAUCCCAUUUAUGGUGAUGAUAUCUCCUUUUGUGACUCUUAUCCUGAACUCACUGGAGAAGAUAUUUAUUCUCAAAAUCCAGAAAAUGAAUCCUUGGAUUCAAACAGUAGUCAGGAUUUGGUUGGUGGCGCUGUUCCAAUUCAAGCUUCUUCUGAAAACGUUACACAAACUACUGAUUUGUUUAGAUACAAUUCACUGAUAGAACCAGUGCGAACUCAGGAUGCCCUAAUUACUAGAAGCCAGCUAGGUCAAACAAGUGGGGAUAUCAUUAACCGAACCACUCAAACUCAGACAUCCUUCCAGGAAGCUUUUUAGGACUCCAUUCUUUCUGGAUUAGAAGUGCACGUAUGGAACCCAAGGGGCACGCACUCCUCCACUUACACUUAUGAACUGAGCAGUCUGGACCUUGCAUGGCUUCUGGGGGGAAAUAUAAAUCUGAAUCAAACUGAUGGCUUUUUAAGCCUUUCAACCAGUUGCUUCUGAGCCAGACCAGCUGUAAGCUGAAACCUCAAGGAAGAACAGGACAAGACUGCAGGCAUUCAUGAUGCUUUGCAUCUUUCCUAAACAAGAAGUUUCUGUGCUACAAGUGUGACUUCAAAGACUGAUGCACUGAGUUGGCAGCCAGGGAGGUUACGGACCAAUAACAAGAACCAGAAAUGCAGUCGUGUGUAUUUUCAAGGUGAAUGUGGUUUCACAAGACUAAAGACCCAAAGUAUAAGUUUUCAUCUAUAUUUUCUUUUAAAAUAAUUUCACAUAGUCAAUUAUCCUACUAAAAGUCAAUGUUAUAUUAGUUACCUUAGUUUUUAUGUAGAAUGGGUUCAAAAAUGAGUGUUUCUAUUUGAGGAAGGUCACUUUUUUGUCAUCUAAACUAAUUGACCUGGGAAGGCUAGAAUUGACUUCAUUCUGCCUGCCUAAAUCUUGGGUUUAUUAGUUGAAGUCAAUUGACCUAACUAGAAAUUAGAGGAAAACAAGUCUUUUUAAGAAUCAACACUUCUAACCUCAGCCAGCAGCUCACAAACACCUACCUGCUGGAGCUACUCAUGAGAGGACUGCGUCAGGGAACAAGGUGGGGAAAGGCCGCCAUCACCCUGAGUCCAAAACCACUGAACACACACAUUCUAGAGACUUGCAUAUUUCUGUGGAAAUCAGUUGGUAUGGCAGCAUCUGUUACUCUGUCCCUGUGACAGAAGAUGCAGAAUUUCUCUUUUAUAGAAAAGUAUUUAUUAAGAUAAUCUUUUUUUUUUCUUUCUCUCACCCCUCACCCACCAACCUGUUCUCUGUAUCUAUGAACUUGGUUUGUUGGUUUUUUUGUUUUGUUUUGCCUAUCAUACUAAGGAAUUUAGAAAUGACAACAUAUCUGGUCCCUUUACUACUGAAACAUGUCACCAAGUGAACAAUCUUAUGAGAUACACUACAUAUUAUAACCAGGAGAAAAAGCAGUUUGUCAGCAGCCUUUGAGUAAACAGCCUGUCACUGCUGCAAUGUAGUUUGACCAGGACAUUACAGUGUUCCCUCUGAUCUCAUCAGCUUAGUUAGGACAAUAAUGUCCCAUCUUAGCCAGACGAUGCUGAUUUAAGUGUGGAGCUUCUGUUCAGAUGCUUACCCCAUCCCGUCUCACAUUGGUAUUUACACACUAGAAAUAUCUCUAUAGCCAAGACAGAAAUAAAUGCAGAUCAGGCAUGAACUGGGGAUGGCUCAUUUCUCUUCAUCUUUUAUGGCCCGGAGAGGAGUUAAUUGAACAGGAUUUAUUGUUUCUUUCUUAAACCUACAUGAUCAGAUCUGGCCUUUUAACUGAUUCCAUUAGCUUUGUCCCAUUUGCACUUUUUAAAAAAGAAAGACCUUUCAACAUCAGUGUGUUAGAAUGUGCUAAAAUAUUUUGUUUCAGAAUUACCCCAUCCAAAUCAGUGUCUUUUACCUAAACUGAACAUUUAAACUGAACAUUAAAAAUCUGGACAUUAUUAUCUUCUCACAUCACCCCAUACGUUUCUCUCUUUGUAAGACAUUAGUAAAACCUAAUGAUUCCUUUUCUGUGGCUGGAACAGUUUCUCUAUCCAUAGUUUCAGGCUCUGAUAUGUGCAUGUUAGCUUGCCUGGGUUUGUCCUUCUCAUGACCUCAGUUCAUUUAACUGAAAUACGAAAUUAGAGUGUCUCAUGGCAACUCACAAUUUUGUGUGAGCACCCAGUCAUAAUCGAUUGAUUUCUACUUUCUUCUUGUUUGUGCGUUGUGUUUUUUGUUUUGUUUUUUACCAUAAACCAAUAGUUCUUAAACUUUGGUACUCACCAACUCUUAUGAGAAUUGUCUUUAGGAAACCCAGGUGAAAUAUUUAGGACUUGACCACAAGAUGUCUAUGAAAAUGCUUUUUAAAUUCAUAUACGUGUUCCAUUGUUUGCAAUCUGAUCAUUUUUGUUAUGAAAGAGGGAUGAUCAAAGUAAGCCAAGGUUGUGCUCAUUUUUGUAACCUGAAUAUAUUUUCCAUAUGAGCCCUCAUUAACUUUAAAGACAAACACUUGCUGGAGAAUGAGAGCCAGAUUGAUGAGAAUGAGACUAGCCAAAAAUCCUGAAACUUCACUUUUGAUCAGUAGAUAAAUACUUAGAGUUGAAAGUCAAUUUGACUUGAUACUGCAUUUGAAAAAUCCUGGAUUAUUUUUAUUAAGAUGAAGACAUUUUACCCCACUACUAUAGACACAUACAGUGUUAUAUUCUACAUUCUUUGUAAACAUUUGAGGAAAAUCCAUUUUGCAUUUCACAUUGUUGGAAUACCCUAUAGCACUCAAAUAAACUCAGCUGCUAGAGUGCUGAAGCUGGAAACGCAUUAAGUAAUAACAUGGCUGGGAGUGCAUAAUUGUGACUUUUAAUGCUGCAAGCAGUCAUCGACAAGAAUGAGACAAGGAUUUGAAAGACAACCAUAUAAAGGCAUGGGUUUUCUAAUUUUAUGUAUAUGGAAUAUAUAUUUCAAAUAUAAAAUUUCUACUUUAGAUAAAGUUAAUGUUGCUGUUACCUAGGUUAAGCACUACUUACUGUCUAUGCUAGUAAAAAUAUAAACCA